AUCCCGUGAUGCUUCGCGGGCCACCGGUAUAUCUACAGGCGGGAGAAUCCCAGUGCAGGCAGAGAGCAGGGAGAAAGAAUGGAACAAAACUUAAACAAAUCUGUAAAUAAAACCCCUACAAAAUCCAGUAGUGGACAAAGAUGUAGACAAACCCCCACAAAGACAGCCACUCCAUCACCAAGCGCUAAAUCAAGACAAAGUCCAAGUCCUGCAAAGAAACAGAAGACUAGCCCAAAUGACUUUUCUCUUAAGGAACCUCACGUUAGCCCAAACAAAAGGAGAUCACUGCGGCGAUCAGUUCGAAUCAGUCGUCGUAAGACACUACCUUCUAUACACGAGAAAGCCACAGAACUCUGCAAAACACUCAGCAGUGAGCUACCAGAAAGUGAUAGACUCUCAGAACUUCUACAGUCUUGCUUUCAGGUCUCUAUAAAGAAACUUGAAGACUCCUUGAAGAGUGCAGAUGGUUUUAACGAUGAGGCUUUCAGUACAAAAGUGUCUUCGGUCACUCAGAAGUUAAAACGUUUCACAGAAAGGUUAUCUCGCGAUGGGACAUUAAAACAGUGCACAGAAGAGACUCUCAGUUUUGAAUCCAACCCUGAGUCAGAAGCUGUAAAGGAACAGAUCAGGAGAUACAUAACAAAGUUUUCUGAAGAGACUGAAUGCUGGGACAAACUCCUUGAGGACUACAAACAGAAGGCCGACGACUUUUCUAGGCAGUUCACAGAAAAUAAAUUGCCAGAAUCUCCAUCGGCCAGCAUUUUACACUUACCGACCUCUCAGGAUGGCAUUCUUCACAGCAAGCCUGACUACCAGGGCUUAUUGAACCAGCAGGGGGCAGUGUUUGGCUGCAUGGGAAUUGUGUUGGAAGACAUCCAGGGAUCAAUCCAGUUACUAAAUUCAUUCUUAGAAGACACCAGUCGAAAGUUACAGAAAAUGUCAUCACAGCUAAAAUCUAAAUCUUUCAAACCAGUGGAAGACUCACCUGUACGGAAAUUUUUGAAGAUUCCCCAGAAAUAAUGUAUUUGUGUAAUAUUGUUCCAUAUAAGAAAUGACAGCAGUUCACACAGUCUUAACAGGGAUUUGUCAUAUUGUAAUGCUUUUUGUU